UCUGUUCUCAUGGUCGGUUGGCCCGCCCAGCUGCUCGCUACCAAGGCUGCCGACCUAGCGAUAGUCUGGGGUCUUGGCUCGCGCCAGUGCCCACCGUGCCCCGACUGCACUGUCAACUGCCCGACGGUCACUUGCUCGACGCCGUCGAUCAAUAUCACCUGCCCGACCUUCUCUUGCCCGUCGUUUGCCCCGCAGGCGGCCGAGGGAGCGGGCCGGUCAGGCGUCUUCUUCUUUGUCGCAGGCCUGCUCGUGGGCUUCGGAGUUUUGACUUGCACUGGUCUCAUAGGCCGCAGUGUUGGCUGGCUGUCUUCGUUCUGUACCAGACGCCCGGAGGUGGAGGUUGUCGCGGACGACUCGUCCACUCGCGACCUGGCGCUGAGGUACGACCUGCCUGGCCCGCCGCUCUGGCACGAGCGUCUCAUCCUCGCGGUGGGCGCGCAGCCAGGGCACUACGCGGACUGGGAGUACCGCCGCAGGAUAUCCCACUGGCCAGCGUGUAUCGGUUCCGUGCAGUGCCGACCGCAGCCGAGAUGUUCCAGCACGUGCGAGACGGAGCGCUUCAGGCAGGCGUACCUGUUCCAGCGGCGCCGGUGGUGCCUGUCGUGGGCGCGCCUGGUGCAGCGCCUGGCGCCUGGCAUCCGCCGCUGGGGCCAGCAGCUCCGCCCGCAGGGGCGGCCCGCUGGCGCAGCGGCAGUGGCGGGUUCGCCGCUCGUGUGGGUUGCGGCCGAGGACACUCAGGACAUCGCGAAGGGGACUCAGAUUCCGACACUUCCUGACGCCGUUGUGACAUGUGGCGACAGAGGCAUCAUCCCCUACGGCAACGGUCACUUGUUCGUGCAGCGCAUGGCAGAGGCCGACAUCUAUAGGUUCGUGCAUGACGAUCUCAGGGUGCUGCCCGUGGUCGUCGACGCGUCGGGCGAGCGUAAGGUCGGCUUCGCGGAGGCGGUGUCGGCCAUGGAUCCAACGCCCCCGAGAGGCGGUCUAGGCCUAGACGGGCCGCCCACCACGUUCUGGUUGUUGAAGCAGAUUCGAGAUGAUGAUGCGAGCCCGAACGCUCACCAUGAGAGGUGGGUGCGAUCGUCACGCAUUCCCGAGGGAGAUCGCUCGGUAUACGAGCAUCAGGUUCUCUGCAGGAUCCUGGACGCUGCCGCCACCUACGACCAACUGAACCUGCCAGCUAUGAAGUGGGCCGAAUUGGUAUGCCGCCGCAUGGCACUGAUCAAAGAGGCCCACCGGGCCGCACCAUCCAAUCCAGAUUAUUCUGCUGGCGACGUCUUCAUGGGCUGGGGACCUCAGUCGGCGGGAGGCGGCGCGAAUCCAGCGCUGGCGCAGUACGUGGCAAACCAGCUGAAGGACCAGGCGGCCAUCGCGAAAGAGAGCAGAAAAGCCCGCGAGGAGAUCUUCCAGGCCUGCGCGGCGGUGGCGUCUUACAGCAGCGACUCCACCAGGCCCGCGCUCCACAAGAGCUCGGACCCUUCCAUGCCCAUCGACACGGCCAGGCGGUCGCGGGGGAUCGACCUCGCGAUCUUUUCCCCUUGCCUCCAGUUGAUGCUAGGCGUGAUGUGCCUGAGCAAGUUUUGGCUUCUGAUCGAGCCCUCCAGCGCCGAGAGCGGCGUGCACAUGAAGCUCGAGGAUGUCCUUGACCAGGAGGGGCGUCAGGUCGAAGAUCACAUCACUCCAUUCUUUGUCGACAAGAAGGGCGUUGCUCUGCGCAUGGUUCCACAAGGCCAAGUUUUGUACGGUGCUCUGUCGGAUGUCAGCAAUUUUUUCUACUGGCUCGUGCUGCCGCACUGGCUCCGCAAGUACUUUGGCCUGCCAACAGUCCCCGUGGUCCCCCCCUACUGCGACAACUUGAUAGUCAUGGGCACAGACAAGGACUCCGUCAGUAAUGUUAAGAUGUUGGCAGUCGAGCAGCUCAGACGUGUGGGCUUCCAGGUACAUGAGGAGGUGGAGGUUGCAACCUUUUUCGAGUCCCUGGGCUACCUGGUUGAUGGAAAACGGGGAGGGGUCUUUCCGAUCCCUCAUCGGCUUGAGAAGGCCGUCGCAGCGUUCACCCAUCUCAGGAGGAGGCCGCACGUCACGGGCUGGCAAAUUAGUAAGGCUCUCGGUUACGUCACGCCGAUCUUCCUCCUCACCCGCUCCAUGUUCUCGUUGCCUAAUGCCCUGUAUCAGUUCAUGCACGAGAACUGGAGCCGCAAGAGGCGCCUCUGGCAUUCAGCCGCGCUGGAGUGUAAGUGGAUAUCUGUGUUGCUGCCGCUCGCUUGGGCGGACCUCAGGAUGCCGUGGACUUCGCAGGUAAAAGCUACAGAUGCCUCGCUGUCCGGGUACGCCGUGGGCAAGUCUCUCUGGAAUGUCUCAGAUGUGGUGGAGGCAGGGGGUGCUCGAGAAAGGUUUCGAUAUCGCUGUGCCGUGCCGUCAGCCGCGCCGCGCCGCGCCGCUCUGGGGGCCCUCGACCCGUUCCAGGACCUCGAGACGGUGAAGCCCAUCGUCGACCGCUUCGAGCCCUCCCCCUACGAGCCCAACUACCUCUUCAAAGAGAUCCCCGAGGGCCUCCUGCAGGACUCCAUGUGGAAGACUAGCUACGCGGCGCCCUUUGUGUUCAAGGAAGGUAUUGGGGAUCUGGAGUCUCGUGCUACGGUCUCUGGCGUUAAGCAUACUCUGAGGCCUGCGGGCCGCGCAGGUAAGGCCGCCCGCUCGGGCUACGACGGCCUCAGCCGCGCGGAGAAGCAGCGGCUCGCUCGGGGUGCGCCCAACAAGCACGCUCGGGCGCAACUCAGGCGCGAGAUGGUCGGCUCGAUCGGCAUCCGUGCGUCACGCUCGCCAGAGACGCAGGUCGAGACGUUCCUGGAGGCGAACGCCGUCACGGAGCGGACACAUGCCAUGUACGUCAAGAGGGUCGCGGACUUCGAGAGCUGGGUCUCGGCCAGGGGCCUCAAGCUCACCUCCGCCAAGCUGGUGGACUGCGCGCUGGUGGACUACCUGAACCAGCUGUGGAUCGACGGCGCGGACAUCGGCGAGGCGACGGGCACCUACGCGGCCUGGGUCAAGCUUCGCCCCUCCUUCUCCAAGAAGGGCCCCGACAAGCUCGUGAGGACCAUGAAGGCGCUGCAGGGCUUCAACAGGCUGGACCCCGGCAGGACCAGGCCGCCGCUGCCGCUGGCGUUUGCAGCACUCAUAGCGGUGGAGCUCGUCGGCAUGGGCCUCGGCGGCAUGGCGCUGGCGGUGAUGCUCAUGUUCUCGGCAUACUUGAGGCCGAUCGAGCUCCUCUCGCUUCAGGUGUCGGACGUGCUCGUGCCGACCCAGGGCAGCCCGUGCUACGCGAUCCACCUUCACCGUGCGGAGCGAGGUCAGCCCAGCAAAGUUGGCCUGUACGACGAGACGCUGCUGUUGGACUCGUCGGCGCUGCCGCUCCUCGGAUACCUUCUGGACGCGCACCGGGCCGCGGCUGCAGGGCCAGCACUGUUCGACUUCGAUUACCGGAGCUUCAACGAGAGUUUCAGGACAGCUGCGAGGACCGCAGGUCUGGCGGCCAUCAAGCCCGACUUGUAUCAACUUCGCCGCUGGAGGGACGAUCGCUCAGUUCGACGAUACGAGGCGCACGGCAGGCUGCAGCUCCAGGAGAAGCUGGUCUCAGAGGCGACACAGAGCCGCGCGGCAGCAUGCCUGGUCGACCUCGAGGCUCAGCUCCAAUCAAGUAUGCCGCAGUUCGCCCGUGCCGUGCCAUCUUCCAAGGUCAGAAGAUCGUCGAGCUCUUCUCUGGUGAAGCUGGCUUCUCGAGGGCUGUCGCAGCCGAGGGGGUCGAAGCGGGAGCUUGGGAUGUGA